UUUUUUUUUUCUCUCUUUGUGCUGUCUGAUGUUGCUGUUGUUUCAAGUAACGUUACUUUAUUUUGUUUUCAGUCCUGAUUCUUGAUGCAAUGUUUGGCAAAUCCGGACCGCCUCAGAAUGCACUCUCUGCGCGCCUGUCGCAGCCAGCGGCCACCACAUACGACCAGCAGCAGCUUGCGAGGUCUGCCGGCACUGCAGGCAACCGACCAAACUCUGUCUCGAGCGGCGCAGGUGGCGGGAACAGCGCCACGCUGAACGGAAUACUGACAUCGUCGACCCCAAGCACCACCAGGGCGCCGGGUCAGGCACCUCAGGCGCAUGUUGCCCUUCAACAACAACAGGACUCGAUGCCCGUGGUGACGAAGGCGCACUGGAAGCCCGACGCGCUGGCCACACGUUGCCCGCAGCCGGGUUGUGGCGUGUCGUUCUCGCUGCUCGAGCGACGCCACCACUGCCGCAAGUGCGGCGACAUUUACUGCGAGAAGCACGUCAAGUUCGAGAUGCGUCUGAACGCGCAAGCAAAGCCCGAUCCACAGCGCGGAGUGCUCUGCUCCGUCUGCCAGUUCUGCUUCCAAACGCGCGCAGGUCACCAGCAAGAGCCGGGCCAGACACGAUCGCUCACACGCGCAUAUAUUGGCGAGCGCCAACGAAGGCUUGAUUUGCGGGCCAACUCGAUUGAUCGCAUCGUGACGGUGGUUGAGCGGCUGGCCGUUUUGAAGAAUGCCACACCUUCGGCAGACUUGGACAAGGAACAGGCAUCUAUUGUGCGCUGGAUGCCAGACAUUUCUGCCAUCAAGUGCCCGUUCUGCGGGGAAGCGUUCGGCAUGUUCUUUACCCGGCGACACCACUGCAGACUAUGCGGUCGAGUGGUGUGUACGGGCAAAGGGUGCUCGCGGGACGUUGUGCACAAACUGGACGCCAGGUUUAUGACGCUUGACGGUCGAGAGCCCGACCGGGAUGCGAUGCGACUGCUGCUGCCCUCGGCGAACGGAACACCACCCAUGCCCUCCAUGAAGCUUUUAACGUGUGGCGAUUGCAUGUGGUACUGCGACUAUCGACGGCGGCGCAUGGACUGGCAAGAGCGUCAAAAAGUCAUGGAGUGCAUGCCAAUUUUGGAGGCGUACGACCAGCUGACGGCAGAUCGGGUGCAUGUCGAGCAGCUGCUCUUCCAAUGGGACGAGCUUGACAAUGACAUUCAAAACAUCUCGCGCGAGGAAGAGGAGCAGGCCUUCUUUGCCUCGCUGGAUCGUCAGAAUGGGUUGAGCACCAUCGGAAAUGCCGUUUCGGAUGGCAAUUUCGGCGUUAACAUGUCCAGCAUCGACCCGUUAGACUUUGGUGUCGUUCCAGCAGAGCCACAGUCGGCCGCACCGCCCACACUGUUGGAUUCGCUGAGUCAAAGCAAGAAGGCGCUCAGAAAGCAGGUCAUGCAAGCGUUUAGCGAUUUCCAAGAUCGAGGGACUAUGAUUCGGCAUAUGCCGACGAGCUCUCCGACCGAAUCGCGGUUGCAAGAAAUGAUUUACCAAAGUGUGAUUUUGUACAUUCAACAGCACAAGUUUUCGUUUGCCGCCCGUCAAGCGUCGGCCUGAAGCUGUUUCUCUCUUUUUCUCUUUUUUUUUGCUUGUUGGUUGUGUUGAUAGUUGCGAGUCUUAUCAUGCAGGUAUUCUGUCAAAAAUGGGACAAAGUGAAAUUUUCAGCGACAGACGCUGAUCUGCUUCCACACGG